AGACAUAAUUUGCCUCAUCCACAACCCACAUCUCUCUCGCUCGCGGCGCAUCGCAGUUUGCCACUACCAGUCGUUCGUCACACUCUCUGGACGAGAACGGACAGGAGACACAAACAUGGCUUUACGAAAGAACGCCUCUGUGUUCGUGGGACUUGUCAUGCUUUCCCUUGUCUGGAAAGCGGCCUGGGCCAAGGUGGAGGUGAACAUGGAGGACAGAGUGGAAGUGUACUUAGGGAACCCAGCCCAGAUUACCUGCAUGUUCACCGUCCCAGUGAACACAGACGACGUCAUUAUCCAGUGGUACAAACUCACCAAAACCAAGAAUCGCCUGAGGCUCUACUAUGGAGACAGGGACAUGGAAACCGUGGACAAACCGUUCCAAGACAAGGUCAGCGUGAUGCGGUCGGUGAACAGCGGUGAGGUGGUGCUGACCAUCAAGGAUGUGGUGUUGGAGGACGAGAGGGAGUACAUUUGCCAGGUCAAUGAGUCGUCAGGGACCAUUGGGGUGGGAAGGACCUCGCUCAAGGUGUUUGUGGCUCCUGAUCGGUCUCUCAUCGAGGGGGUGUACACUGGGAUCUCCGUCGAAAGCUCCCUAUCCAAGAUAGGGAGAUGUGUGACUGAAAAUGGCUACCCCAUGCCCAACAUAACCUGGUACCGAGACCAGACCCCACUGCAGAAAAAGCCAAAUGAGGUCGAUGUGAAGUCCGUGGUCACUCAGCACCCCAACGGUCUUUACCGGGUUGAGAGUGACCUUUACCUGAAAGUGGUCAAGGAGGACGAACGUUCCGUCUUCUACUGCGAGGUCAGCUACUUCACCCCGGGUAGAACCAUGAUGACGGAGACCGACAAGAUCAAAAUUACCGUCUUUUACCCGACCACUUCUGUUAAUGUGCGGGUUGGGUCACCAAAGGGGCUUGUGAAAGAAGGGGACACAGUUGAGGUUAGGUGCCAUGCCGACGGGAAACCUGAACCACCCAUGACAAUCACACAUAACGGGGUGACUCUCGAGCAGAACUUUUUGGUCCUGAGUGAUGUGACACGACAAGUCAGUGGCAUCAUCACAUGUUCAGCACUGAACACAGAGACUUUUGAGGAAAUCUCCGGGAACGCUGAGCUAUUCGUCCACUUUCUGGACCCGGCUGUGUUGAGCCCAAAAGGCAGCCAUGUCAUGAAAAAAGGGGCGGAUCUGAAUGUCACCUGCAACGCCCUCUCAUCCCUGAACACUCACACUGAAUGGUUCAAGAAGGGAAAAAAGGUUGCAGAUGGCCACAUGCUGGUCCUGAAGGAUGCUGGGUUCGAGACGACAGGGACGUAUGUGUGUGAGGUGACUGUCCCUUCACUACCUGGACUGAGGACCAAUGGCUCUUUACAUGUCAUUGUACAAGCGGCCCCAGAGAUACAGAAAUCAGAUGACAUCAUCCACCUGGAGAAGAACACAGAGGAGGUGGUGAAGUUGAACUGCCAUGUUAGAGGAAACCCCUCCCCAGUCAUCACCUGGAGCUCCUCUGAUCAGUCACUGAUCCUGAAGGAGGAGUCUCAUAAACAGACCGAGAAUGGGGUUCUCAGUGUGGUGAGUUUCACGGUGUCCUCAGACAUCAUGGCUUACUGCAACGCCUCCAACAACCUUGGCAACGACUCUGUGUCUUUCAGGAUUAAAGCCAUUGUCCCGACUACAGUGACAGCUCCCAGUACCACAGUAGCAACUCCAGUGUCAACGCCAGCAAUGAACCCUACGAGAAUAAAUUCUCCAGAGAAAGUAAAGAAAGAGGGCAGCGGUGUGAUCAUCGCGGUCAUCAUCGUCUGCAUCCUCCUGCUGGCCAUCCUGGGCAGUGUGCUGUACUUCCUGUACAAGAAGGGCAAGAUCCCAUGCGGACGCUCAGGCAAGCAGGACCUCACCAAACCUGGUAAAGACAACAUAGUGGUGGAGAUGAAGAGCGACAACACAGAGGAGGCCGUGCUGUUAGGAGUUAAUGGAGACAAUAAGCCCCCUAACGACCAGUAAAGGGUGAUAAGUACAUGGACGUACAGAAGUGAGCAGCGCCGCGUUGCACCUGCUCCCGGUCCAACUCACUCUCAGGAUGGGGAUGGAUCCUCUGAAGCCUCUUAGCCUACAACUCCCAGAACACCAUCUGACCCCUCACCAUCUGACCUGUGUCGCAGUUCUCCAACCGGAUCCCAGAAUUGUAGUUUCUAAAGCCAACUCCAUUGCCAUCCCUCUAUGUCAGUUCAUAUAUGGCAUUACGAAGAAGAUGACAGAGGAGCUUGCUUGAGCGUGUAAAGUUCAGGUACCGGGUACCGAUUUUUCAUGAAUGGGGUUUUUCAAUGCACCAAUAAGAUCAAGUAUGAGCACAAAAUGAGAGGGACUGUUAAGUAAUCCAAAUGCCCCCUCAGGCACCCAAUCCCUGAAUGUCAGCCUGGAACUACGAUCAAUUAAGUGUAUAUAUUAUAAUCUCUUCUGUAUAUAUUUCUUUAUUUAAGAUAAGCGGACAGAAAAAGACAUGACGUGGCUCAGAUUUUUUUUGCGGGGUGCUUUUUGCGGGAGAGAUGCCUGUAAGCUUUGUGCUAGCUCUGGCCCAGGGCGUGGACAACGCCCUGGGACACACCUAGCUUCACGUCAGUGGUCAGCCUGCUGAUUGGUUGCCUUCACUGCCUGCUUAACUAAAGUCUGUACACUGAAACUACGGGGCUUUGGGUGAGUAAGGACGGCUCACCAGCCACGCCUUCACAUCCUGCUCCGUUUAGCUGUGCAAGCCAGCGUCCAACUUCAGAGAAAUUCUAUCAAAUGUUGUCAUUUAGCAAAGUUUGUUGUAGCUGAGCAGUUGUUUAACAGUAGCUUUUACUUUAAAGCUUUGACUACUGAAAUGACCCGUGAGCUAGGUAUGCCUUUUUCAUUUUUGGUUGAGGAACUGAAUAUUUAGCCCUCUUUCAUCCUAUGGCCUUGUUUGAAUCUGGUUCUAGCAUGUGUCCUUUGUCCUAAUCAUAACCACAUUCUGAUCUAGCCCACAUUUACAGACAGGUGGGGACAGAAUUAAAACUAUGCAUUGCAAUCAGAUUUUUUCAGAUCUUAGAAGUUUGAUCAUAGUACCAGAUUAAGCCAAAGUGUCAUUGGUUACUUUUUCGUUUUCCAUCGACUGCUGUUUAGUUCAUGUUCUUGGAAUGUCUGUAAAUAAGAGGUAUGUAGAAUCACGCUUUCAGCCUUAUACAGUACAUUCAACAUCUUCACUAGAAAUCACUGCUUGCUGAAAAUCACUGUCUUUCCCACUUAUUGUUAUUCAUAAGAAUGUCCAGUGCACUGAUUUUGUUUGUUAUAAGACCUGUGUUUUAUCAUGUUGUGUCGUUUUUGUUUGCAAAUCUUGAGUUGGAUGGAGUAUAUGUUUGUGUAAUGUGAAUGAAACGCUAGCUAGUUUUCAAUGAAAGUGAAGGCACUGACUCUUUUACAGCGCUAAACCUUCUUACACAGAAUCCAUCUGAAAUGGUAGGCCUUCUUCCAUAUGUUAAUUCUUAGUAGUUUUCUUUGUACAAACAAUUGUAAAAACGUGAUUCACCUGUUGGUAUGACUACUAACUUUUUUACUCCAAGAUUAUACAGUCCUUACUCUGAGUUGUCAGUCACAACUGGUAGGAUUCCAAAAGCUCAUGGCCUUGUUAAGAAACUGAGGAUAAGUGCCUCAUCAAUAAUUUAGUAGAAUGUAGGUUAAAGCUGGUUGGUUAAAGCCUAUGUCUAGCCAAUCAAUAAUGGCCACAGAUUAUUUUGUUUAAAUCCUCAUCCUACCAAACCAAUCAUUUCGUUUACGAUGUAUGUAUAAUCCAGUACACAAUGAAAGUAUGACAAUCCAAUUUUUGUAUAGUAUUAAGUGAAAUGUAUUUUCUGUCCUCUAUGCUUAAGUUCUGUCGAUUCCCUUGAUGUCUUUUUUAUGUUCAGAUGUAUUGGACACAAACUACCAGUAUUCAUGAUGAUUUAUAAAAUAUGACAAUUUGCAAUGUGUAUAACAUUCUAAGACAGGUUCAGCACUGGGAAACCAACUCCUUUUGUUUGUAAAAUAUGUUAUCUGAAAGCAAAUGCCAAAUAAAUACGACUGUUCAACGAAAAA